AAAUGCUGGAGAAAACACGAAAUGAUCGAAUUUUCUACAACAACCUAGCCUUUGACUGGAAGUCUUCAGUCAAAUAUCUUGGAGUCACUUUGGACAAUAAAUUGCUCUUCAAAGAUCAUAUCGACAACGUCAUUCAUAAAGCUAGCGCACAUAGUUUCUCAAGUUUCUAUUGCAUUCUAAAAAGAAAUUCUCAUGCUUCACUUGAAUCUAAGUUGAGGAUCUAUAAAUCCUAUAUACGGCCAAUCAUGACUUAUGCCUGUCCUAUUUUUGUAAAUGCUGCCAAGUGCCAUAUUAAUAAACUUCAAUUAUUUCAGAAUAAAAUUCUGCGUAUGAUUUUGGACAUCCACUGGGAUGAUUUCAAAUCAAAUAAAGACAUCCACGAUUCUGCUAAUAUACCAUUAAUUAAAGAUUAUAUUGAUAAAAUCACGAACAAUUUCUACUCAAAAUCAAAUUCUCAUUCUAAUCAUCUCAUUGCUAAUCUCGGAAAUUACGACGCUGAUUCUUUACCUUUCGUAGCGAAGCACAGACUUCCAAAACCAGUAAUGUAGCAAUAUUUCAGCUACCUUUUUCUUUUAAUAAUUUUUUUAUUUUAUAACAUAAGUUUAACAUAGAGGCCGUUUUUUUUAACUUUUUUAAGGCCAUUAUUUCACUUCGUAAAACUCAAACCUCAUUUACCAACACAUAUCAAGAAAAAUUUAAUUUAAAGCCAGACCAGAGCUAAUAUUAAUAAUUGUCCACUCAUACUUUGUA